AUGAGGUCUCCAACCAAACCAAAAGAGGUGCAAAGGUUGAGAGGGUGUGUCGCCGCUCUGAAUAGGUUCAUAUCAAAGGCAACAGAUAAAUGUGUUCCCUUCUUCGAUGUUUUAAAAGGAAGUAAGCAUUUUGAAUGGACGCCACAAUGUGAGGAGGCCUUCCAAAAAUUGAAGGAGCACCUAGACAGAUCGUCGAUUCUAUCAAAACCCAUCACCGACGAGGAGCUAAGCUUAUACCUCUCUGUGUCACAACACGCCGUGAGCUCUGUACUAAUAAGAGAGGAAGAAAAGGUCCAGCUGCCAGUCUAUUAUGUAAGCAAAAGACUCCUAGAUGCCGAGUCAAGGUACACUGGAAUGGAACAACUAGCCCUCGCUCUGAUGGUAGCCUCAAGGAAGCUUCGGCAUUACUUGCAAUCCCACACAAUACAGAUUCUUACAAACCACCCGUUAAGACCAACUCCCACCACACACGAAGUCGAGACGACGAAGUGGAGGCUCUACGUAGAUGGAGCAUCGAGCGAAAAUGGGUCAGGAGCCGGCGUCCUGUUGAUCAGCCCAGAAGGCCACAAAAUUACUUCGGCGGUACGAUUUAAAUUCAAGGCGUCGAAUAAUGAAGCCGAGUAUGAGGCGCUGAUUGUAGGACUACGAUUGGCGAAUCAUUUAAAAGUCAAGAGGCUCGGCAUCUUCAGCGACUCUCAACUGGUCGUUGGACAAGUAAAUGAGGAAUACCAAGCGCGCGGUGAAAAGAUGGGUGCGUACUUGAGAAAGGUAAAGGAAGAGCUCGUUAGGUUCAAAAGCUAUGAAAUACUUCAAAUACCACGAGCUAAGAACACCAACGCUGACGCCUUGGCCAAGCUAGCAUCAUCAAGGGAUUCCGACAUACUAGGAAUUGUUCCUAUCGAAGAACUGGAGCGGCCAACAAUUGAGGAAAAAAUUGAGGCCUUGAUCAUCCAGAUAGACGAGGGCUGGAUGACGCCGCUAAUCCAAUAUCUGACAAAUGCAAAGCUGGCAAGUGAUAAAGACGAGGCCCGACGAAUCAGAUAUAGAGCCGCCAAGUACCUACUAUACAAUGGUUUGCUUUACCGACGAGGCUAUUCCACGCCUUUGCAGCGAUGCCUAAACGAUGGCAAAGCCUAG